AUGAUAGAGAAAGAGAUGACAGUGAAAGAGUUGAUGAUAAAGGAAGAGGUGUUGAAGAAAGAGAUAAUAGAGAAAGAAAUGAUUAUUAAGGAAGAGAUAAUAGUAGAAGAGAUGAUAGAAGAAGGCCUGUCUCCACUGCAGUGGGAGACUCUGUCUCUAAGUUUUUUGACUAAGAACAAGUUAUUGUCAUAUGAUUUUUUCCAUUUUUUUCAUUUUCCUGUAAUUUCUGGUGCAGAUGAAAUUAGAUUCUGUAGACAUCUUGAAGCCGCUAACACUGAAAAGGAAUACAAUGGGCAGAAUGACACACAUAGACUAAACUCCAGAGAGCGAGUCCUUAUCCAUAGGUAUCUCCAGGAGGGAGGAUUCAGAAGCGGUGGUAGGGGAAGAAACAUGAAUUUUUUUGGACAAAGACUUUCAGAAAAUCAGCCUCCACUUCAUCUGGUAAGUCAACACCAAAGAAACCAAUCAGAAGAGAGACAUCCACAAAUAGAAAGAAAUCAAGUUUCCUUUGGGAGAUUUCAUGGCCACUCCCAAUCUCAUGUCCGCCACAUUAGCAGAUCUCAUGGCCACCCCUCCAGAAGAUCUUAUAGCCAUGUCAGGAGCACUCCUGUCAACUCAGAUAGACCACAUCAUGACCGCUCAGUUAGACCCCAUCAUGAAUACUCAGAUGGACACCAUCAUGACCACUCAGUUAGACCCCCUCAUAAACACUCAGAUGGACGCCAUCAUGACGACUCAGGUAGACCUCAUCAUGACCACUCAGAUAGACACUAUCGUGACCAUUCAGGUAGAUCUCAUCAUGACCAUUCAGGUAGGUUUCAUCUUGGCCACACAGGAAGAGCUCAUCCUAGCCACUCAGGUAUAGCUCAUCAAGACCAUGCAGAAAGAGCUCAACUUAGCCCUGCAGGACGAGCUCAUCCUAACUAUACAGGGCUAGCUCAUCACAACCAUGCUGGGAGAGUUAAUCAUGACCAUUCAGGGAGAGCUCAUAACAACCGUACAUGGAGAUCUCGCAGUCAUGAAGAGAGAUAUCGUGAAAUUGUUCCAAUUCAGACUAUUCCAGUUAUAUUUCUCAGGGUAUCAAGAGUCAUGCACAUGCAGUUACCUAAAUUUUCUUCAAUAAGAGAAAUGACUGAAUACUUAUUGGAUCAGGAACAGCAGAGAAAUGAGCUAAUUAAUAUCAAUAGAGGGGUGGUAUGGGCCACAGAUACCAACAUAGACCUUAGCUUCAGCAGAACCAAGCACACAGACAUGGCCCUCGGCUUCAGCCUUGACCUGGGCGACAUCCUGGCUCCAGGUGGAAGCACAGGGCACUCAACUCAGGAUGGAUCUGGUAGCAGCAUAGCCUCAGACACCAACAAGGCCAUAGGUUGA